AUGGCGGAUCCGGAGACUCACAACGGUGCUGCAGCGCCAGUCAAUGACGCAAUGGGUGCUGCACGCCCAAAACCGAAGAGGAGUCUGGUAGGCAAUGGAAGCAGAGUCAAAGAAUACUUCGGCAUUGGCGACAUCACCGGCGAGAUCAGCAACCGAUCUGAUAUUGAGAUCCAUGGCUGGAAUGGGCCCGACGAUCCGGAAAAUCCAUUCAAUUGGAGCAACAAGUACAAAUGGCUGCUCACGGUGACCAUCUGCUUCAUUUCCAUCCUCACCGGUCUUCCAGCCGGUACGUACGGCUCUGGAAAUCAAUGGAUGGCCGAGCGUUUCCACGUACAGAACUCACCGUUCCCCAACCUCUUCUGGGCGACGACCUCCUGGAACAUGGGCGCCGCGUUCUGGCCGCUGAUCUUCGUGCCGCUCACCGAAUCCUCCGGUCGCAUGCCGGGAUACUUUGUGGCGUAUAUCAUUCUGGUGGCGACGAUGUUUGGCUCGGCGUUCGCGCAGAACUUUGCGACGCUGGUGGUGACGCGGUUCUUUGGCGGUGGUGCGUCGUCCGUGUCCAUCAACAUUGUCGGCGGGAGUAUCAGCGACGUGUGGUACGGGGAGAAGGCGCGCAGUCUGCCCAUGUCGCUGUUCGGCUUCACGAGCGUGGUUGGUAUUGCCUUGGGGCCGUUUAUCGGGUCUUCGAUCGUGCAGAUUCACAAGACUGAUCCGUGGAGAUGGAUCUUCUACAUCCAGAUCAUCUACAACGCGGCCCUGAUUCCUAUCUUCUGGUUCAUUCUCAAGGAGACCCGCCCGGACGUGAUUCUCAAGAACCGCGCGCGCAAGAUCCGCAAGGAAACCGGGCGCCCCGUCUACGCCGCCUGUGAGAUCAACGCCCCCAGCACCCUGCGCCUGCUGAGGAUCUCCUUCGAACGCCCAACCCGCAUGCUGACCACCGAGCCCGUCGUCAUCUUCUUCACGCUCUGGAUCUCCUUCGCCUGGGGCAUUCUCUUCCUCUUCUUCUCCAGCGUCGUCCAGACCUUCUCCACCAACUACGGCUGGGGCAUCAUGGCCACGGGCCUCGUGCAGCUCGCCAUCUCCGUCGGCGCCGUCAUCGGCACCGUCGUCAACCCGCUGCAGGACUGGCUCUACCUGCGCUCUGCAUCGCGCAACCCCGAACGCCCGGGACGACCCAUCCCCGAAGCACGCCUCUACACCUCCAUCCCGGGCAGUCUGCUGUUCGCGGGCGGACUGUUCUGGUACGGCUGGGCGAGCCAGCCCCACGUGCACUGGAUCGUGCCGGCGAUCGGCAUCACCGUGACGGGCGUGGGCAUCUACUCCAUCUACAUGGCGGUGGUGAACUACCUGACGGACGCGUACGAGCGGUACGCGGCGUCGGCGCUGUCGGCGGCAUCGCUGGGCCGUAACACGUUCGGCGCGUUCCUGCCGCUGGCGUCGCCGCAGCUGUUUGGGAAUCUGGGGUUUGGAUGGGCGGGUACGCUGCUGGGAUGUAUUGGUGCGGUGCUGUCGAUUGUGCCCGUGGUGCUGGUGCUGAAGGGGCCGGAUAUUCGGCGGCGGAGUCCGUUUAUGCGCGAGUCGAUGUGGGAUUCAGACGACAGGGAUACGGAGGUGCCCAAGGAAGGGGGUGAGGGUGAGCGGAGGGUUUAG